CAGUAUGGUGUGCAUGCAAGUCACGCCCCGAAGCAGGUUGAGUCUCACCCCGGAACAAAAUGCGCCAAAUUCUUUGUAACAGGGACAUAGCUCCAGCAGUUCCCGUGGCAGCGGCAGACGUUCGUGCGGACAAAGAGGCAGGGAAGACUUGACUGACGCUCUCGCUCCGGCACGGCUCACGGCUCAGGCCUCAGGCGGUCUGCGGCCGCGGGGCGGCGGCGAGGACCAGGUUCCCGGUGGCGCGUCGCGGGCGGAAGCACAGGAUGGCGAGCGCGCGCACGAAGAAGCCCCGGGCCCGGCGCUGCCAGCGAUCCCUCUUGAUCGGUCCUUUGUGAUCGGGUCGGGGUCCUGGUCCUGCGGCCGCCAUGUUGGGUGCAUCGGCGGCGGAGCGACGGCGCGCGGCCACCAUGAACACGGGCCUCCUCUUCGCGGUCCUGGUCCUCGCCACGGCCUCCGUCUUCGUCGACGCGACGACCGUCGCCGUCGUCGAGAGGACAUCGGCGACGCAAUGGGGGCGAGUGGCUGCCGAGUUUUUCAACAUGAAUGUCGUCUGUGGUCAGUGCGAUGACUUGUGCCCCAAGAGCCCCUACGUAACCCCAGAGGAGAGCAGAAAGGCUGCUGCUCUCCAUUGGGCGUGCUACAUUGGAUGUCGUACAACAUGUCUACUUCAAAUGGGACCUGAUAAGUUUGAAUAUGAGACAUCAAAGAAUCUUUGCAUUAAAGGAUGCCAUGAUGAAUACAAAUCAAGCCCAGAAAAUGAUAACAUAUUUUCUCGUGCUUGUGUAGAGGCUUGCAGUGGAAAAGUUGUGUCUCCAAAAAUUACACCAGCGGAUCUGUCUCGAGCCUAUGCCCAGCUUGAUUUGGAAGAAACGGAAACAAUUCUCUUCGAUCCUGCUAUAGAUAUCAAAAAUGGUGGAUUAUCUCGCUCUAGUUAUAAAACUAUACCACGUAAAGAUUCUUUGGGUAUGUACACCAACAUCAAAAGGAGGCUUGCUGGAAAAACAUCUUUAGAACAUGUUCUGACCUUCUUUAAAGAUCCUUCUACUGACCCUGUUUUAGCUGGUGCCAUUGCCAUCCCACUUUGCUUGACUCUUUUUGGUCUCAUGUGCUAUCUAAUGUAUGUUGUAUCGCUUGCGAAGAGAGCCAGGAAAGUUAGGGUAAUACGCAUACGACGUGAGGCUCGUGAGGCUCGUGAAUUACAACUGUCUCGUAGUGUUCUCCGUGUUCACCUGGAAUCUGAUGACAAAAAAGUCCCACUCCUCUCCUCUGACUCUUCAGAGGAUGACUUUGUUCCUCCUCCUUCUCCUCCUCCAAAAUAUUCUGAUAUAGUUCAGACUGUGUGAAGCUCCCGCAAGCAACCUGAGUUUAAACCUCAGAAAUUUCUUUUCUUGAAAUUUCACCAACUUUUAUUAUUUUGGUCAUUCAAACCAUCUUCAGUCAAAUUAGAGACAGUAGUUCAAUUUUCUGUGCAUAAGUGAAUCUUUUGGAAGAAGAAGAGGAACUCUGUCAUUUGAUCAACCACUACAUAGCAUUUUGAGUGCGAUUUUUUACCCCUGUAGUUUGAUAAGUAUUGGGUAAGACCAGUGUAUUGUCACAUACCUUUGUAUCUUUGGGUUUUUCAUCUCUAGCACUUUUUCCCUUGUUUCUGUUUCAAUAAGAUACAGUCCCAGCAUGAGAUCAUAGUAAGAAAUUUAAGGGCUUUAGUAAAGAAGGGAGACAGAUAGAUUUAUGGAUAUUCAUGCUAACAAGAUUUAAAAAUUCGUUCACCUCUCACAACUGUGGUAACAGUCACCCAAAAAUUUUCUUAUAUCUUUUUUUCUACCUUUAUAUUUGGUGCACCAAGUGAUUGAAUUGUCGGUACUUAUUACAUUACUAUACCAAAGAUUGUAUGCUUGGAAGAUUGUGUAUGCGUUCAAGCAUUAGCACAGUUACCAAAUUCAGAGAUUUGAUGGCAGAAGUAUGUGUUUGCGUUUACCAAGUACUGUUUUACUGAAACAUUGUGAUUUAUUAUUUAAUUUUUCCCUGUUUUAUUGUGAUAAUAUUAAUAUUACUGUACCCUUCUGAGCAGUGUAAGUUAAUCUUUGACAUUUCUCCUGUUUUGUAUGAUAUAAUGGAGUUAAAAUCUGAGAUGGAUGUAAUUUCUUAAUUACAAUCUUUCAUUGUUAUGAACAAAGGGUCUUGGAAUUGAAAAUGUUUAAAAAAGAUCUCAUCCUUGAUUUAGUUUACAGUGAAGUUUGAAGCCAUUCUGUAAUUUGUUUUGGGUACGUUAUUCAAAGUGUUCCCUGCAUUGUCAUUUUUAAGGCAUCUCAUUGAUUGAAAUCUGAAUGAUGUUUCCAAAAAAGUUACAGGGUGUAUAUUCAAGCGAAAUAGCUACAAGAGUCUUAAUCCAGCAUGAACAACUUAACAAUGUUUCUUUUUACACCCAUUAUUAUUAUUAUUAUUAUUUCAUAGCUCCAGUGCUUGAACCUUUAAAUCGGCAGCUCUUUUAGUUUGGCUAACAUGUUAAAGGUAGAGUUAAAUGCAUUUUUCACUGUUAGAGAAAACAUGUGCUGAAGACAUACCUAACGCAAAGUCAUCUUUAUUACUAUUUAUAUGAAGUAGGUACUCAGCAUUUAUUAUUUUUUACGUUUCUGAUUACUUACUUAAGUUUAGAUGGUAGGUGUUACCGAAAACUUAAUACUUGUGUGCUUUUAUGGUAUAAUUCAAAAUCCAGUCAUUUUCUUAAGUAUUAGUUUGUGAUAAAACCUUUGUAACUAGCAUUUGCCUUGCUGCCAUUAUAGUGGUAGUUGUCUGGUUAUAUAGAUUUUCUGUGAUGUUUCCAUCCAUACCCAGCAACCAAACAACAGUUUCGUUACUUCUUGGAUAAAUCUGAAGUACUGAUAUGUUUGUAUGUAAAUAUUUUCUACACAUUGGC